GCAAACUCGGGACGGGUUGGUGACGACGGCGAUGACAUCAGCGACUAUGGGGAGUUGAAUGACUCGGAACAUCCUCAUGGCCGUCGACAUAGCACUCUCCGUCCUGUUAUCCCAACGAUAGCAUCGCUCCCCAAGCCCUUCAAUGCUUCUGAAACUACGCCGCUCCUUGGCCCUAAUCCACCGGUUCCUCGCAUUGUCGAAGAGGGCGAUGUGGCAGAAGCCGGCAAGCCAGAACCCGGACCUGUCGCCAUGUACUGGGAAGAGACCAAAAUUCUUAUAAAAUAUACCUUGCCUGUAUACGGAACGCAACUCCUGGAAUAUUCGUUGAUAAUUGCUUCCGUAGUUUCAAUAGGUCAAAUUUCUACUGUCGCUCUUGCUGCAUCAACGCUUGGAUCCAUGACUGCGUCUGUCACUGGAUAUAGUAUUCUGCAGGGUUUCGCGAGCACUCUUGAUACAGUACUUCCUUCUGCAUGGACCUCUGACCAGCCGCAACUCGUUGGUCUUUGGGCUCAGAGAAUGACAAUUGUCUUGAUUGCAGCUCUCGUUCCCAUAAUAUCCAUAUGGGUAAACGCUGAAGCAAUCCUCUUGGUCUUGCGGCAGGAUCCGGAGGUUGCUAAUCUUGCAGGUCUUUACUUACGUUGGGCACUCCUCGGUCUCCCUGCAUACAUUUUUAACCAGGUUUCCCGUCGCUAUUUCCAGUCGCAGGGCUUAUUCACAGUCCCAACGCGUGUUACGAUGGUUGUUGCGCCUAUUAAUGCUAUUCUCAAUUAUUCACUCGUAUGGGGCCCAGAGUCAAUUCGCCUUGGAUUCAUUGGUGCUCCAAUUGCGACUUCAAUUUCGUUCAAUCUCAUCGCUAUCUUCUCGCUCAUAUACGGCAUUUUCUGGGUACCUCGGACUGCAUGGUACCCACUGUCCCAUCGUAUGUUCACCAGUCUAGGCAUACUGGUGCAGCUCGGUAUUGCAGGAGUUGGUCAGACGGCCUCAGAAUGGUGGUCCUGGGAGCUUGUUGGACUUGCUGCGAGCCAACUCGGGCCAGUUGCUCUUGCCACCCAGUCCGUUCUCCUUGUCUCUGCUUCUGCAACAUAUCAGGCACCAUUCUCUAUGAGCAUCGCCGCAUCAGUACGGAUUGGUAACUUGCUUGGUGAGAAGAAUGCACACCGCGCCGGAAUUGCGGCAAAAGUCUCCUUUUUGGUGGUUAUGGUUGUCGAACUUCUGAACAGCGCAAUGUUCCUUAUUUUCCGCAAUUCAUGGGGGUAUCUCUUCAACAAGGACCCGGAAGUCGUCUCCCUCGUCGCCUCCAUCCUUCCUAUUGUCGCUUUGUUCCAAGUCUUCGACGGACUCAGUGGUUGCAUAGCCGGUGUGCUCCGCGCACGCGGAAAACAAGCGUUAGGAGCACUUCUCAACUUAUCCGCAUACUACGUGCUAGGUAUUCCAUUUGGAUUAUGGCUUGCGUUUGCAUACGGAAUGAAGCUGAGGGGAUUAUGGAUUGGUUUGACGGUCGCGUUGGUUUAUUGCUCUGCAGUGGGACUCUGGUUGUGCCUGAGGACGGAUUGGCAAAGAGAAGUUAUGAAGGUUGAGAUGCGGAUGGAGAAGGAGCGGGUGGAGACUGAGAGAAUUCGGAUUUCGGUUGAAAGUGGAAGCGGAAGUGAGAGUGCGUAAUGCGCUAGAAGUCUUGCCAAACUCGACCGGAGAAGGGACUAGAAAAAGUAUAUACAUCAUAUUUAUUGCUUUUCAUAUGCUUUUCAUCGCUAUGCAGGACACUUUGAGUUCAGUCCGAUCUACAUGUAUUUUCCUGUCAUAUUCUUAACGAACUUACGACGUU